AAGUCGCGCCGGGUGGGAAGUGAAAGUGCUUCAUUUCAGGGCGUGGCCACAGCUUGCCAGGAUGGUGCUCACAGGGCUUAGAGGAGGCUACUUCCGGUAGCCUCCCUCUCGGUGGCCGCAACUUGAGUUCCUAGAGAGGCGGGACCUGAAUUUUUGAGUGCUCGCUUGUGCGCGCGCGCGGAGAACUGUGGGCCGGGCCUCUGGAGGCCGCCGCUGGACUGUCACAUUGCCCCCAUGGCUGCUGCGGUGCUGGGAGCUUUUUCCGCUCGGGCUCUGGGCCCGCGGAAUGGGCUCCUGGGAACUUGGCAAACGCAGGUUAGAAACUGCCAUCAGCGAGCCUCACUGUUGUCCUUCUGGGACCUCAUUCCCAUGAGGGCAGAACCACUGAGAAAGAAGAAGAAGGUAGAUCCUAAAAAAGACCAAGCAGCAAAGGACCGUUUGAAGAAAAGAAUCCGCCGUCUGGAAAAGGCUAGCCAGGAACUGAUUCCUAUUGAAGAUUUUAUUACCCCUGUGAAGUUCUUGGAUAAACAGAGACAGCGGCCUCAGGUGGAGCUCCCUUUUGAGGAAGCUGAACGGAGGGCUUUGCUUCUGAAGAAGUGGUCCCUGUACAAGCAGCAAGAACACGAGAUGGAGAGGGACGCCAUCAGGUCCAUGGUCAAGGCUCAGCAGGAAGCUUUGCACGAACUGCAACUCAUAUCCCCAGAGCUCUAUGAGGAAGCAAUCAAGAGGGACCCCACUCUGUUUCCUUUUGAGAAGGAAGGGCCAGAUUACACACCACCGGUCACCAGCUACCAGCCCCCUGAAGGGAGGUAUCAUGAUAUUACCAAGGUAUACACACAGGUAGAGUUCAAAAGAUAGAACUAUAGUCAGGGUUGGAGCAGUAGCACAGUGGUAGG